AUGAGCAACCUAAAAUGACAGCAUGAAGGGUGCUGUAGCAAUGCUACUCGCUAUAUUCCUGAGAAUCAAUUGUACUUAUGUGAUUACGAUCAACGUAUCCAAUAUCCCAACCUCGAUGUAACUCAUCUUGUUGAUCCUUCGGUCAUCGAAAUGACCAUCAAAAUCAUCGACCACUGUUGCAAAGACUUGAUGGCUUUCACUAUAAAGCAAAAUAAAGGAAGAGCCUUUGACAAAUAUGAAGCCUUGAGCAAGCGAGUGAAAGCUGAACUUGACUAUCUUGCAGAGCAGCUAGAGAAAGCUCUUGAUACAGGUGAUCUGUUCAUAUUUAGCUCGAUUCUUCAUGAAGCUGGUGAAAUCAGAAAUAGACUGCAAAGCGAUCCUCUGUAUCUUGAUUUUGCUAUUGCCAAAGCUUGGUCUUACUCAGCAGCUGUGGCUCAAUCUAAAGAGCUAAGAAGUUCUGAAGUUGUCGAGAUGGAACUGAAAAAGAAGUAUGAACUAACAUUCGAAAAGUUAAAGAUACAAACAAGAAAGACUCAAAGAAGCCAUCAACAAGAAAUUAGCGAUCUUGAUGCUCAACUUGAAGCUGAGAGGGCCACUUCAUCAAAUCUGAGACAGGAAAUCGAAAAACUUCAAGAUACCCAAACCAGAGAAUUAAAAGAACUCAGUCAAAGAGCCCAAGACCGAGUUUCCGAACUUUCUAAUUUUAUUGGUGAAUUGCAGCAGAAAGCUCAAAUACUUGAGCAAACUGUUGUAGAACUUAAAGGACAAAUUGCUGUUCUUGGAUCUGAGCUCGAGACAGAGCAAACCAAUUAUCAAGACCUUCAACAAGAAGUCAACUUGCUUAAAGAAGGACACCAACAAGAGGUAGAAAAGCUUAAGAAGAGCUCGGAAGACAAGGUAAAUGAGCUCAAAGGCUUUAUCAAAGGAUUACAGAACAACACUCAAGAUCUAAAACAAAUUAUUAACGAGAGAGAGAAAGAAGUGUCUGCUCUUAAGGAUACAGAUCAGAAGAAGGGUUCAAAUAUACUUGCCUUAAAUGGAAAGAUCUCUGAGGAGAGAGAAGUCUUUAAGAAGCUACAGACAGAAUAUGAUGAUCUUGUAGAACAAUUAAAUCAAAAAGAAGAAGAAAUCAAAGAUACUAAGAAAAAGCUUAAUGACGAACAAAAUUCUUACAGACAAGAUACCCAGAAACUCAAAGAUGAUCAUACCCAAAGCAUGGUCCAGCUACGAAAAGCCAAGGAUACCGAGAUCAAGGCUCUCAGUGAUGCUAGUGAAGCCAAAAUUGAAGAUUUGAAGAAAACUCUUCAGAAUAGGCAGAAAAAUGAUUCGAAUAAAAUUAAAGAUCUUCAAAACAAUGUGAAGACUCUUAAAAACUCUCUGGCACAGACUAAAAAAGAAAACAAUAAACUUGCUGAAGAGGUCAAAGCCAUUAGCUCAGAUUACGAAAGGAUGGAGCAAUCACUAAUUUCCAAACUCAGCAUUUCGGACUAUUCAGACUUCAGCCUUCUCUACAACACUAAAAUAUUGUCGACUAAUACUGACAAGAACAGACAGUUUGGCCCAAAAUCUGAAUUAGACCUUGAACUUAACAACCCCAAACACAUGCAGUUCCUGAAGUCUCUCACACAGAGAAUACCAGAGCUUGAUUCAUUCAAUCUCUUCAAAAUCCCAGUUAAAAGUCAAGAGGUGAAGACUUUCUUGGCAAACUAUUUCCCCUCCAAAGUGAAAGUGUGUCAUUUUAACGUUGGCUCAGAACUGAGUUCAUCCCUGUCCUUCUACUGGAAAGAAUUGGAAGAAAUGGAGAAGAGGGUCACUGACCAGAUGUACAUCCAUAAAUUUGAGCUGUCUGAGUCCGAACUAGUUGACCUUCUCUCUGCAAAUAAAAAUAAGCCUGUCUUUGGACUCCGCUAUUGCAAACUUCCCCUCUAUUCUAGUCCGAACUUUAAAGGAAAGCUAAAGGGAAGCACAAUGGAUGGGCUAUGUUUGAUGGGCUGAUUCAAAAAUUCUUAUGCAUCUUGGACAAAAAGUGGAUCACAAUUUAAAAACUUGAUGUUUGGCCUUUCCAAAGAACAAGAUUUUAGAAAAAAUUUACAAUGGAUUAGUUUGGAUGAUUGCUGAAUAGAAGAAAGACAAAUCAAACAGAUUUUGAAAGCCACUGGGUUUGGACAUUUGCAAAUUUGUAAAUACAGUGGAUAGAACUGAAAAUAAAAUUUCUGAUGCUAAAAUAUUCUUUACUAAGUUA